CAAGUCACCUAACCUACACAAAGGAUCGACUUAUAGCUUUUUCAGGCAUUAUCGAGGCUAUUCAAAAGGGAACCAGUUGGACGCCUAUUGCUGGAACUUGGAAGGAGCUCUGGCCUUUAGAUUUGUUGUGGUUCUUUCAUGAGUCUGAUUGGAGAAUGCCCAGCGGAUUAAAGACCCCUUCAUGGUCAUGGCUUACAAUUGAAGGGCCAAAGAGCUUCCCUGCUAUCAGGAUUAGUUCUUGGUUAAACUACCGUCUAGCACACGUUAUCGACUCAACAACACAGCCCGUUACCAUGAGCAAGCAUCAUAUAGGGGAAGUGGAGAAAGAGACUACGAUUACAUUAAAAGGCUACGUGAGAAGGGCAGUGCGGGUUGAUGGUAGGAUUAAGGAAAAGGGACCUUUCCAUUCGGGGGGAUCAGUACAUUUUAGCGAGGCCACUUCACCCUUGAUAUAUUGGGACGAUCCGCCCGCAGAUGGGGAUGCUUUUCUUUUCCUGCUGAUCAUGUCCUACGAACACCGUUUCAGUAGUUACACUCAUUACUAUGGGUUGAUAUUGAGCUUCGCGCACUGCGGGGAAAACGAUGGAAAAACAUGCGAUCAUUACAGACGAGUGGGCAUGUUCCGGGAAACCUUUCGCAUGCCACAAAAUGAAGGAGGUACAAGAUUUGAUGAAGGGGCACAAAAAGAAGUUGUGACCAUAUGUUGACUAGAUUGUUGAGAUCAACAAGGCUCGAUGACUAGUUGUUACCCUUCUCAAGAAUGAAACAUCACACCUUUUGGAUUCUUGCCAUAGGAGUGGCUGAUUCUGUUUUCAGUUGUAUGUGCGGUGCUAAGGCUUGGCCCAGAAAAAUGUUGAGGCGGAUCAGGCACGCAGGCUGAGCGAAUGUGGAAGUACCAAGAUGGCAAGUGCUCUCCUUC